AUGCCAGAGUGGGGUUGGGGCGGAGACGACGCCGAGAUCAUGUUGACUGGUCUCAUCAGAUGCCCCGUAUCUCCUGGCGAGAACGCGACAGGAAAUUUGGGUGACCGGCAUCAGGGACAAAUGGGGGACGGCGUCAGUGAGGCCACCGGUGGCUCCACGCCUGGGAGACGUCGUAGACCGCCCUCUCUGGCGAGCUCCUCAGAGCGACAGGGAGAUCAAAGACCCGCGAAGAAAACCCUCGGCUCUCACGGAAGACAUGCAGGGAAGGGCGAGGCAACUGCACUUCCCUGCAGCUCCCAUGCUAUAGGUCAAGGCGGUGCCGGAAGACCGGAAGAAGAGCUGAGAGGCCUCAGACGCGACAGCGGGGAAGAAGGGCGAGCGAGAGGCGGCGGAGUGGGGAGAAAUAACGACGACAGGCUUAACCAGGAUGACACCGGGCACGAGCUAGGAGUGGGGAGAGUCCCAGAAAGAGCGUUAGACGACGAGAAACGGAGGACCAAGAGGCGACGCGGUGCCGACCGGGACUCCGGAAGAGAGGGCGAGUCCGGUGGAGCCGGGGACGCCUCUGAUUCGCUCGAGGCGCUUCUUCUCGGCGGUCCAGAGCCGGCGCUGGGAGACGUGGAGGCGAGCUCGGCGAUGCAAGCACAGUCGAGCAAGACGUGUGCCGAGCCUCCGACCUCUCAGUCUCUCUCGCUCCUCACGGACGGCUUGGACAGCGUCAGGAGAAUGGCAACCUAUAGCUCGCGCUGCAGCAGCGUCGACACCACCGCAUGUGGCCAUGGCGGGACAGCCUCGAGCAGGCAGACGGCUUCCUUCCAUAGGUCUUUCUCCUCUGACUGUGGUCUUCCCUCCACGGUGAUGGGGUCGAGUGUCUCGACAACCCCUUCGGGCGCGGGUGCCGAUUCCCACUCGACCGCAGCCCCGAACACGGGCAUAGGGUCGAUGUCUCCGGCCUCUAGGUCCCGAGACCCCUCGCGCGUGGGUUCGCCCACUGUGGUGCAGGUCGGUCUGGAGGGCUCCUCGCGCAGUCCGUCUGGAGAGCUGCGAGGCCGGUCGCAGUCGCCAACAGACGAGUGCGGGUCUGUGGCAUCCGCAGUCGAUGUCUCUGCGCAGAACGCCCUCCGCGAAGAACUGCAGACGAUGGUCAGCCUCGGACUCCUCUAUUUGAAGCGGGAACGCGAGUUCGAUGGAGAAGAGUCCCCCCAUCCGACUCGCCUCUCUGCCUCCAGUUUCGUCGACAAAGACGAAAGAAGCGAACAACCCAGAAGCGACGCGCUCGCCUGGCUCUCCGAAAAUGAUUGGACUCACGAACGCCGCUCGGCGUCUCUCCCCCUGCAAGGUGGCGAAGACGACUCGGCCGCAACGCAAGCGCACUCGGACCAGCCUCUUUUCUACGGGGCGUUUUGCUCUGCGGCGGGCCGAGUGGGAUCUCAACUGUCUCUCGAAAGAGAGCCCCCAGUGACCCGGACCAGCCGGGGGGACCGAGGGAGCGCUGUGCAGCGCCCGCGCGUGGGCCAACCGUCCCCUUGGGCCACCGACGCCCGGCAACCGAAGGGAACUGUGGGGCGGCUCCGCGCACAGGAGGCAGAGGGCGAAGAGAGACAGUCGCGGGGCGGGUUGCAGACUGGAGAUGACGGCGACCAGGUAGAGGCUAGGGGUGGGGAGGAGGCAGGAGAGGAGACAGAGACGUGCGAACGGAGACGAGGCAUUGAACACGGAAAAGACGGCGCCGCUGCUGCCGCCCUGGGAACUGCGGAGAAACGCCUCGGGGUUCACUACAGCCGCUACGAUCGCUCCUGGGUUGCGCGUUAUACUCAAGGCGGACGGGUUCUAAAGAAGUACUUCUCCACGAAGGUGUACGGACACGAGUUGGCCCGUGCCAAGGCGGUUGCGGCGCGACUGGAGAUGGAGCAGCAGGGGCAACUGAGCGCUGGAGGGGCGCCUGGGCCACUGUCGGCUGCGUCGCCCGGCAGCGAGAAGGCUGCGUCUCACAUUCAAGACGGCAGCGGCGAAGCUCCAGGGUUCGCUUCCGCUGGCCUUGCAGGCCCCGGGAGUCAGCGCCACGUCCCUUGCGUCUCCUCUGCCGUGGGCGCAUCCUUUGCGUCUGCUGCGGAAUCCCAGGGAGGCGCGCUGAGCUCGUCGGGGGCCUGCGUGGGAAAUGUUGCGGGUACAGCGCCCGGGCAGUCGUCGCUUCAUCCGAGCUUUGCACCAUGGCUUUUCUCCGUGGUGCAGGCGCCUGCAGCCUCGGCAGCGCGUUCCCUGUCUCCCUAUGCGUUUUCGGCCCCGCUGUUCUGCUUCGCUUCGCCCUUUUCUGGCCCGGCCGGUCUCUGCUCUCCCGGUGCGCAGCCUGUCUGGUGUACGUACCCCCCGAACUCAUGCGCAGCCGCACCCUUCCAGCCUUCGGCGCAGCUCAGCAGGUUUUUCUCCCUGGAAAGGUCCCACGCGGGCGUUCCAGAGAAGCCCAAGGGGAGCGAAGCUGCGCAUGCGGUCUACUCGGAGGCGGGCGCUGGCCAGGCCCCGCCGGCGACUUGCGUCACUCCCUACGGAUGGAUCACCUUCACCCCCUUCCCGUCGUUCGACCGAAACACGAGCUGCAGUUCGCGCGAGGACGUGAAGCGCCGCGGCGACGGCGAACAGAAAAGCCGGGAGAACGCGGACGCCUCACAGAGAGGCGAGGGGGACCAGUCGCGGCAGAGAACCGCCGAGAAGCGCGCCUCCCUCGCUGCUCCGGAGACAGGCGAUGACCAACCACCGGCAGAGAGAAGAGAAGACUGGCGACCCUGUCAGCGAGGCAACGGCUGUUUUUCGGGCAACGCUCAUGCCCCGCCUCUCGCUUCGACCUCUGUCUCUCUCGCCUCGUCCGUCCAGGGUUCUGUCUGUGCAUGCAAGAUCGAGCCCCGAAGCGACGGCGAUGGAAAGCCCGAGCUGGGACCGUCUUCUCGGCCGAUCGAGGAACUCAAGAAGAGUGCCGCGCGGCAGACGCGAAGUGAGUCUGUGGGGGCGUCCUGCGAUGUUUCCCCACUCGGCUUCCCAGGCCCGGUGAUUGGUCCCGGCUGCUUCCCGCCGGGUUUUCCGUUCUCGCCGUUUCCUUCCUCUAUCGCGAGUUUUCCUGUGCCAAAUGUUCAGCCCUCGGCGGAGAUCUUCUCGCCCUUUUCCCCCUUCCCUCUCUGCUCCUCUCCUGUCGCCGAAGCCUGCCAGUCUCCCGUCCUUUUUGGGCGUGCAGCCUCGGGCUCUUCCGCCUCCACAGAGAGACCGGAGGCGAGCCGCUCGCCGUCGACCUACGGCUCCGUCGACGGCGGCGACGGCGCGCAGGAGUUGGAGCGAGAGAGCGAGCGGGAAGAGAGAAGCGGCGAGGGAGAGGAGGGGCGACUAGGCGAAGAGUUUGAAGCGAACAAAGAGCCGCGCGAAGGCGAGGGAAAAUCCGCAGGCUCUGGCGCAGAGGAAGAGCAUGCGCCGCCCGGGGGCUGCGAACAAGGGACACAGGCGAGGAAAGAGCCUCAGGGUGGAGAGAGCGAGGAGGGGCGACGUGGCAACGAACAGAGGAAGCUCGACGAGACAGCAAGGAGGAAACCAACUUCGCUGUCACCGGUCGCCGAUCUCGAAGGGCCGGUUCCCACCGAAAGUCACGACGCAGGACAGGACGCAGUGGAGAGCCGGAGAGAGAGUACGGAGUCCUCAGAGGGUCAGGAUGAUUUGGAGAGGCUGAAGACGCCUCGGGCGUCGCGAGAUGGGUCUGACAAGCUCUCAGAGGACAGGUCAAAACACCUGCGCAGCGGUGGCGCGCGCCCCUCGGGCUGUGUCGCCGGGUCUCCACCUUCCUCGCUAGGGCCUCAUGUGUCGCCGUGUCCUGCCCUCGCGCGGUCGCCAGCAGGCUUCGCCUCACACCUCCUCUGCCACGGCUUUCCAUCGGUUUUCUCCGGCGUCUUCUUUCCCCCGAGUCCCCAGAGCAUCUUCUUCCCAGCUUUUGUCCCUGCCACCCAUCCGCUGUCUCCCUCCUGCUUCUUCCCUUCAUAUUCGCCGGUCUCGCCCCUGGGCAGCGUCGCCUCUUCGCAUUCGAGCGUGCCCGCGGACCCGACGCACCUUCCGUUUCCGCCCUGCAGCCCUUCGCCCCGCUCAGCUGCAUGA